AUGAAAAAAAUAUACAGGGGAACUAAAACAGAUGAAAUAUUUCAGGCUCAAAAAAAUAAAUAUCGCCAUUUAAUUAACAAAAAUCACAUUUACAAUAAUAUAUAUCUUAAUCUGGAAGUGUAUCAAAAAUGGAGAAAUUUGAUUAUUGAUAAAGAUGAAAAUGAGCAUUGGAACGACCACUCCUUAAACACUAUCUUAAAUGCGGACUCAAAAUCUAUGGAUAAAGAAAUUAAGCAUUUACUAAGACGAGGUGUUUCUGAUUCUCUUAAACAUUUAAUAUGGAUACGUUCAAAUGAUGUUAAUUAUUUUGUAAUAAAUUUUCCCCAUUUUUAUGAAACAACUAUAUAUAAUACAUUUGGAGACAAAAUUCCAUCAAAUUUAUCUAAUGAUUGCCCAACAUUUUGUGGAGGUAUAUUAGGAUUGCAAGAAGAUAUUAUGUGUGUGCAAACUAAAAUUGAAGAAUUAGAAAUCGAUAAUAAUGAUGAUUAUAAUAGUUUUAAUAUUAAUGAUUCAACUAGUAACAUACUAAAGCUUUUAUUUAACAAUCCAAAUGAUAUGGAAAAAAAAAAAGAUAAAUAUUUAUUACCUGAACAUAAUUUUUGGAAAGAACCUAAAGCAUUAAGUACCCCAAAUUUUGGAAUAAAUAAUAAUAAGCCAAAAAAAAAAAAAUUCCAAUAUAUAGAAAAUGUAAAAAAUAAAAUUUUAAAAAAUAAAAGAAUUGAUAAUUAUUUAAGAGUAGCAUCUGAUUCAGUUUUACCAUAUUCACGUAAUUUCAUUUUAAAAAAUUUGUCAAAUAAAUUUUCUAAAUUAAAACUGGAUAAAAAGAAUAAUGGAGAAUUUUCUAAUAACAUAAAUUUAAAUAUAUAUGAAUGUUGUAAUAUAAAAUGUAAUUAUGAUAUAUCUUAUCGUGAUCAAAGAGAAUGUAGUAAUGACGUAUCCAAUUUGAUGGGUUCUGAAUUGGGUAAAAUUGAUUCUAAUGAUAACAUAGAUGUAUCAAAUAAAACUGUUAGUAGUGAUAAAAAACUUGGACAUGAAAAAAAUAAUUUAUUAAAAAAUUGUAGUAAAACAGAAAGAGAUAUUCUUAUCAAAGAUGAUAUUAUUAUUUUUCAUAAUAAUGAAACAGAUCAAAAUAGUAAUAAAUUAGAUGUAGUAAGUAAUAACAGUUUUAAUAAUAGUAGAACAAAUAGUCCUAGAAAUAGCCAAAAUAAUAGUGAUCAUAAUAUUCAUAGUAUAUAUUGUAAAAAACAUAAAUUACAUGGCCAUCAUCAAAGUUCAUAUCAACUUUCUACUCGUGAAAAUGAAAAUUUUGAAUCAAAUAAAUAUUUACAUAUACAAACAUACAUGACAGAGCAAUAUAUAAUUAGCAAAAAACAGGCAGAAAAAAUGAACACAGCAAAAUUAUACUUAAGAACUAAAAGGAAAAAAAAAAAAGAUAAUGAAAAUAAUUUAUCUAAAAAUAAUAAAAACACAAAUAAAGGUAUGAAUAGGCAUAAUUCAGAUUAUUCAAUUUCUAGUACAUCUACUGAACAAUUUUUAAAUAAAAAAACGAUAGAAAAUAUUUAUGGAAAAAAAAAAUAUUCUAGUUAUAAUCGUACUAAACAGUUUUUAGAAAAAACAUUUAAUGUAACCCAAAGUAAUAAAAAAAAUGAGAGAAAAUUAUCAGAUCAUAUUUCAUCUUUAUUAAAAAAAAGUUUAAAUACAGAUUAUUUAACCCAAAAAUCAACAACAACACAAUUUCACCCAAAACAUUCUAAUAUAUAUUUUGUAGGGGGAAAGGACCCAAACAAUAGUGACCAGAGUUCCCAAAAGGAUGCAGAAAAAGGUGCAAAAAAUGUUGAAAAAGGUGCAAAAGACGCACAAAAUUCGCAAAGUGCGCAAAGUUUGCAAAAAAAUUUCAAGCGAAGUAACGCUUUUAAAAGUAAUAACAUUAACACGCAUUUGGAGAACGACAAAUUAAAAGAUGAUUACAAAAAUAUAAAUGAUUCAUUUAUUUCCGAUUUUCAAAACAAUAAAAAUAUGUGGAAAAGCAAAGAGGGUGAUAGCAACUCCAUAGUAGAACUGAGUGUUUUUAAUUCAAAUGAGGAAUAUAAAAAAAGUGAAAAUAUUUGUAAAAGUUUAGAAAGCCGUGAAAAAUAUGAUCUAAAAAAAGGUGAUAAAAAUGAAAAAAUGUCUACUAAUAGAAAAUCAAUUUUUAGUAAAUUAAAAUACAUGUUUUAUAAAAAAAAAAAUACUUUUGAAAAUUAUGAUGAUGAAUUUUCGAAAUAUGAACAAGAUGAAGAAGAUAUGGCUUCUCAAUAUGUUAAUAUUCCAAUUGAAAAAUAUAAUCGUCAAGUAUAUUUUCCAUUUGAAAAAAAUUCAAAAAUCGAAAGUACUACACCUAUUACACCUUCUACUACAAAUGAUAAUAAUAAAAAUUGUGAUUCAAUAAAUAAAACAGAUUCUUUUUUUGGGGAGUUUAAACAAUAUAAUGAAAUAGAUGUCGAAAAAAAAAAUAAAAAUUCAAAACAUUUUAUAGAACCUCAAAAUCUAGAUGUAUGCAAAAAUGAGAAAAAAGAAACUAAACAAAAUUAUACAAAUGGAAAUAAAACAUUAAAUAAAUAUAAUAUCAUUAUAAGUAGACAUGAACAAGAUAAUGAUGAUAAUAAGUCGAUUAUUCGUCAAUGUAAUAAUAAAUACUAUGAUAAUAGAUGUGAUACAAAAUGUGAAAAUAUCUUAUUUGAAAAUGAUAAGUAUUCAAAUAUUUAUAAUAAAAAUCAAGAUAAUAAAUUAAAUGACAUUUCAUAUAGUUCACCCCAAAUUGAAACGCAUGAAUAUUUUUCUGAUGAUACACAAUAUCAUGGUAUUAAAAUUAAAAAAGUGAAUAAAAAAAAAGAAGAAAAAGAUGAAUGGAAUCAAAAUAAUAAUGACACAAUGUCAAGAAUAGAUAAUGAUAGUAACUCAGAUAAUACUACAAACAAAAAUAAUUUCGAAAAUUUUAAAUUACCAAAGACACAUCCUUUGAAUGAAGAAAAUGAAAAAGACGAGAGCAUCAGCACAGAGAGUGAAGACGAAGAAGAAGAACAUAAUCAAAAUCAAUCUCCACAAAAAAAAAUAAUGAAAAAAAAAAAAAAAAUAUAUUUUAAGGAUAUUUCAGAGAGUGAGGAAAAUGAACAAAUACAUAAUGUGACCAAAUUUAAUAAACAAAUUGGUGAUAAUAAUAAAAGAGAAGAUUUCUUGAAAAUUCGAGACCCCUAUAAUUAUUAUGGCGAAUAUAAUUUAUCUGAUAAUAGAGAAGAAGGGGGGGGAGGAGACAGUGACGGGAAAGGCGAAUGGGAAAAAAAAAAUCCAAAAAAAAAACGUGAUGAAAAACGUGAUGAAAAACGUGACGAAAAACGUGAUGAAAAACGUGACGAAAAACGUGAUGAAAAACGUGACGAAAAAUUCGAUGAAAAACGUGAUGAACAUGAUCAAGGUGGCGAUAAAAACCUUGAAAACGAAUUAUAUAAUAAAUUUUACGAAAAAAAUGGAAAUAAUAAUUGGGAUUAUCCAAAUGUAUAUAAUUUAGAUGAUGCAACUGAAUUUAGUCAAUUAUUAAAUGACAAUGGAAAACAUGAAAUAAAAAAAUUGUUAUGGGCAAUAAAUAAUAAUUUUGGUAAUGAUAUUGAAUUUGCCCCAAUUAUACCAAACUUAUGUAUAGUAUUGCUUAUAUAUUUUAAAGCUUCAGUAGUAUAUUGUAUAAUUCAUUGUUUAAUAAAAAAAGGAAUUGAUAGUAUACGAAAUAAAGAGUUACCAUUUUUUAUAUACAAAAGAAAAGAUUUCGUAAAAUAUGUGAAAUAUGUAUUAAAUAGUUUUAUAAAGUUUUUACCUAAAUGUUAUUAUUAUUUAAGAAAAUUAAAUUUUGAUUUGGCUGCCUGGACAGCUAGAUGUAUACAAGAUGGAUUCGCAAGAAUGUUACCAUUUGAUUUUGUAUUAAGAAUAUAUGGAACAUUUUUAUUUGAAGGACAAAAAACAUUAUGUUUAUAUUGUUUAGCUUUGUUGAAAUUUUUAGAAGAUGAUAUUUUAAAAUGUAGUAAUAUUGAAGAAAUAGAAAAUAUAUUAUAUCACAUCUGUAUGCAUCCAUAUUUAGAUAUUAAUAAAUUAACACAAUCUGCUUAUCGUUUUAAAUUAAAAGCUAAAGAAAACCAUUUACAAUUAUCAACAAAAUGUCCAUCUCCUUAUCUCAUGAAUGUAAAAAUAAAAAAUUUUUAUCGACCAAGAUUAAAUGAUAGUUCUAGAAUUAUUAAUUCAUUUCAUUGGGAAAAAUUAUGGGAAAAAAUACCAAGUAAUAAUAGAUCUUUAGAUCCAUAUUUAACAUUUUGUUCUAAAAAAGAUGGUUAUAAUUUACAAAAAUUAUUAGAUAAAACAGAAAAAAAUAAAAAAAAACCAAUGAUACUUAUUUUAAAAACAUUUGAUUAUGAUUUGAUAGGAUUCUAUUGUCCUUUUUCAUUAAAUAGAGAUUAUAAUUUUGUUAGUUUAACAGAUAAAAGUUCAUCUUUUCUUUGUACUUUCAAUUCGACUUUUAAAUUUUAUAGAUGGUCAGGAAAAAACAAUACCCUCAUACUUAUGAGAGAUGGAAUAUAUAUAGGGGGAAAUGAUAUUGCCUUAUUUAUUGAUAGAGAUAUAAAAGUUGGCAAAACAAAUUAUUCCGAAUCUUUUUCCUCACCCCCUUUAAUAUCCAAUGGAUAUGAUUUCAACAUUAUGGAUAUCGAAAUAUGGAACUUAAAAUGA